AUGCCUUGUCGGCUUCAAGCAAUUCGAGAUACGCCUGCCGGCCAGGUAUUACGAACACUGGGAUAUUACAGAUGGCUUUCGUAUCCAGAAGAAGCCGACGAUUUCCAAGCUCCCAAAUUCACGACUAUCAAGAGCGACUCGCCACUCGAAGAAGAGGCCUUGACUCUGAAGAAGACAUCAUCCAAGACCUCUGCUGUUGCUGAUGUGCCGCAAAGUGAGAUAUCACGUCGUCUUUCGGCGAAUGGGUUGUCCGAUGCCAGCAUUGUCACCUGGUAUGAGAAUGAUCCUGAGAAUCCUCGCAACUGGUCCAGCCGCAAGAAGAAUUGGACAUUGCUUAUCAUCGUGCUCUACACUUUCGUCGUUUACUGUGGAGCUUCCAUCAUCGCGCCCACUGCCGAGGUUGUGAUGACUAGAUAUCAUGUCUCACAGGACGUUGCGAGUCUCGGAUUGUCCAUGUACAUCGUCGGAUACGGCAUUGGCCCCAUGAUUUUUUCUCCCAUCAGUGAAAUUCCCUUCAGCGGGCGGAAUCCACCUUACCUUCUAUCCUUUGUUCUUUUCUUCGUCACCUCCCUGGUGCUCGCGGUCGUCGAUAACUUUCCUGCUAUUGUGGUGCUCCGGUUUCUGCAAGGCUUCUUUGGAAGUCCCGCCCUCGCCAGCGGAGCAGCAUCCAUCGAGGACAUUUACGACAUGUACAGCGCCCCCUAUGGCUACAUCUGGUGGGUGGGAGCGAUGUACUGCGGACCUUCAUUUGGGCCGACUCUCGCAGCCUACGCCAUCGUCGACAACUGGCGAUGGGGCCUGUGGGAAAUGGUCAUCAUGGCCGGCAUCGUACUGGUUCUACUUCCAUUCCUCCCUGAAACCUGGGCACCGACCAUUCUCCUCCGACGUGCCAAACGGCUCCGCGCAAAGACCCAAAACCCGUCCUACCUGGCCGCCUCAGAGCUCAAGCCCCUGAACUUCGGAACCACCCUGAUCCAAGCAUUGUGCAAACCCAUCGAAAUCGCCAUCAAAGACCCCGCCAUCACCUACGCAUGUGUGUACUGCGCCAUCGUCUAUGCGACAUACUACUCCUUCUUCGAGGCCUUCCCCAUCGUCUACAUGGGCACAUACGGCAUGGCAAUCGGCGGAAUGAGCUUGAUCUUCACGACACUGAGCGUCGGCUGCGCCAUCGGCGUCGUUUUCUACGCCCUCUACCUCCGCUACUACUUCAUUCCACAAGCGCGCCAAAUCGAAGCCGAGACAGGCAAGCCCAUCGAACCCGAAGCGUGGCUGAAAGCCGGGCUCGUCGGCGUGUGGGGUGUGCCGAUCGGCCUGCUGAUCUUCGCGUGGACCGCGCGCCCGGACAUCCACUGGGUCGCCCCGACCAUCGGCAUUGCCAUCUGGGCCGCUUUCUCCUUCGUCGUCUUCCAGAGCAUCAUCUGCUGGCUCCCACCCACAUAUCCGCGCUACGUGGCUUCGCUGUUCGCCGCCAACGACCUCACGCGCUCGCUGCUCGCCGCCGGCUUCGUGCAGUGCACCCGCCCCAUGUAUGUCAAGCUCGGCAUUGACCGUGGCGUGACCGUCCUCGCGGGCUUGUCUUUUCUAGGGCUGAUUGGCCAUUAUGGUCUCUUCGUGUUUGGGAAGAAACUGCGCGCGAGGAGCAAGUUUACGGAUACUGCUCCCCAUUAG